AUGUCUGACACAGAAGACGCGGUGGAAGAGUACGAAGAGGAAUUAGCACACAGGGCUGCCUUGGAGGAAGAAGAAGACUGGAAAGAGGACGAUGACGAAGAAGAGGCUGAAGGAGAGGCUGAAGCUGAGGCUGAGGAGGAGAGCGAGGAGACCAAGGCAGAAGAAGAUGGACUAGAAGAGGAGACUAAAGAGACUGAAGAUGGCCCAGUGGAGGAGUCCAAACCCAAGCCCAGGCCAUUCAUGCCCAACUUGGUGCCCCCCAAGAUCCCUGACGGAGAGAGGGUGGACUUUGAUGACAUCCACCGGAAGCGCAUGGAGAAGGACCUGAACGAGCUGCAGACGCUGAUUGAGGCUCACUUUGAGAACAGGAAGAAGGAGGAGGAAGAACUGGUUUCCCUCAAAGACAGGAUUGAGAAGCGGCGGGCAGAGCGGGCUGAGCAGCAGCGCAUCCGGAGUGAGCGGGAGAAGGAACGUCAGACACGCCUGGCUGAAGAGAGAACCCGGCGAGAGGAGGAAGAAAACAGGAGAAAGGCUGAGGAUGAGGCCAGGAAGAAGAAGGCUUUGUCCAACAUGAUGCAUUUUGGAGGAUAUAUUCAGAAGGUAGGCAAGGAUGAACGAAAGAGUGGGAAGAGGCAGACAGAGCGGGAAAAGAAGAAGAAGAUUCUGGCCGAGAGGAGGAAGGUGCUAGCCAUCGACCAUCUGAAUGAAGAUCAGCUAAGGGAGAAGGCCAAGGAACUGUGGCAGGGCAUCUAUAACUUGGAGGCCGAGAAGUUCGACCUGCAGGAGAAGUUCAAGCAGCAGAAAUAUGAAAUCAAUGUUCUCCGAAACAGGAUUAACGAUAACCAGAAAGUCUCCAAGACCCGAGGGAAAGCCAAAGUCACUGGACGCUGGAAGUAG